CAAACAUUGCUCUGCCUUCUGUAUAUUGGUAAAAAACCUUAUUUUCUGUAACAAAAGCUAAACGGUGGAAGAACAUAGAGUAAACCCUCCUCUGCUGUCUGUCUCUCUCAAACUGUAUCAAGCUUAUAGUUGAGGUUAUAAAAUAAACAACAAUAAAGCAUCAUGCCAGACUCGCAGGCCCUCGUGAAUGACUUUAUUAACAAGCUUAAGAAACGUAAGAUUGAGGGGUCGCAGGCGACUGCAAGGCAGACGGCGGAACUACUUCGGUCGGUGAUUUCGCAGCAGCGCGUUCCGUACACCAACCAGGCUGGUGCGUUGAUUGAUGCCGUCAAGGCUGUGGGCGAGCAACUCAUUGCUGCUAAUACUAUUGAGCUUGCUGUGGGUAAUAUUGUGAGACGUGUUUUGCACAUUAUUAGGGAGGAGGAUCUGUCUCUGACUACAGCUGCUAUUGCUGGGUUAAAUUUAUCAGCUAUAAGUGAUGAUGAAACCGAUGAUAAUCGAGACGAUCAUACAGUUUUAUCUGCUGCUGCUGUUGCUGCUGCUGCUAGAAGUACUUUACGUCCACCUUCCUUGCAGUCCCUGCUUGAGGAUACACCUGACUCAGCUGCUAUUCCUUGUACUUCUUCAUCUGGGGGUGAUUCUGAAGGGAAAAGCAAAUCUGCUGAUAAAAGCUCAAAAACUAGGAAGCUGAAGCAUGAUGUUAUUGAUGCAGUUAAUGAACUAAUUCAAGAUAUUUCCACUUGCCAUGAGCUGAUUGCUGAACAGGCAGUGGAGCAUAUCCAUCAGAAUGAGGUGAUAUUAACUUUAGGCAGUUCAAGGACAGUGCUGGAGUUUCUUUGUGCUGCAAAGGAGAAGAAAAGAUCAUUUCGAGUAUUUGUUGCAGAGGGUGCUCCAAGGUAUCAAGGGCAUCUUCUUGCAAAAGAUUUGGUUUCAAGAGGUUUACAGACCACGCUGAUUACUGAUUCUGCAGUUUUUGCCAUGAUUUCUCGAGUGAACAUGGUUAUAGUUGGAGCACAUGCUGUUAUGGCUAAUGGUGGGGUUAUAGCACCUGUUGGGGUGAAUAUGGUAGCACUGGCCGCACAGAAGCAUGCUGUACCUUUUGUUGUACUUGCUGGCAGUCACAAGUUGUGCCCCCUGUAUCCUCACAACCCUGAAGUAUUGCUUAAUGAGUUGAGAUCUCCAUCUGAACUGCUGGAUUUUGGAGAAUUCUCAGAUUGCAUGGAUUUUGGAAGUGGCACGGGGACCCCUCUUCUUCAUGUUGUCAAUCCAACAUUUGAUUAUGUGCCACCAAAGCUUGUUAAUCUUUUUAUUACUGACACGGGAGGGCAUAAUCCUUCAUACAUGUAUCGGCUUAUCGCUGAUUAUUAUUCAGCUGAUGAUUUGGUUGUGCAACGAAGACCUGCUACCGGGAAUUGAGCUUUGGAUUACCUUUUUUUUUUUUUUUAAACCUAUAUUGUUUAGGUAAUCUUCUGCUGAUAUUCUUGGGAUUGAUAGAAGGUUGACUUUGAUAUAUUUAUUUUAAUUUUAUCAAUGCUCUGGUGUUUGAUUAUAA